UAAAUAAAUUUAUAUCAUCGAAGGUUUUAGUGGGCGACUUAUGCUGCCUCGGUUGAUGCUCUCUUCCGCCGAAAGAAACACUGCGCAGACCUGCCGCCGCUUGUCCUUCAGCUUCGCCCGGCCAUCGCCGCCGCUCUCCAACUUUAGAAUUCCUCUGGAACCCUCCUCCCGCCGUCUGCUGCUCUCCUGUAAUGCUCAAAUCACCCGCAGCGGGCGCCAUGGCGAUCCCCUCGCCGCCCAGUCGACUUUCGACCGCAUGCCCUUCCGCGACGUCGUCUCCUGGACGGCGCUCCUCACCGCCUACGCCGAUAACGGCCAGAUCUCCGCCGCGCGGAGAGUGUUCGACGAAAUGCCCAGCAGAAACACCGCCUCCUGGAACGCGAUGAUGACUGCCUAUGCGCGCUCCUCCAGACUUGCCGAGGCUUCCGAGUUGUUCGCUCGGAUGCCAGGCCGGAACGCGGUCUCCUACGGCGCCAUGAUCUCCGGAUUCGCCAAGAACGGGAUGAUGAAGGAGGCCGAGGAAGUCUACCAGGCGAUGCCGCGGAGGUGGCGCGACCCGGUAGCUACGCACGCUUUGAUAUGCGGGUACUUGCGGGAAGGGAAGCUCGAUUUGGCUACUCAAGUGUUCGAGGCGAUGGAGGUGAGGGAUGUGUUUUCUUGGAGCUCGAUGGUCGAUGGGUAUUGUAAAUGUGGGAGGGUCUGCGACGCCAGAGAGCUAUUCGACGCAAUGCCUGAGAAGAAUGUAGUUUCUUGGACUGCUAUGAUUCAAGGGUGCGUAAGAAGUGGAAUGUGGGAAGAUGGUUUUAGACUAUUUCUACAGAUGCGAAGAGAGUGCGUGAGCUUCAAUUCCAUGACGCUAUCUGUCAUGGUUGAUGCUUGCUCUGCACUGGACAGGAUAAGAGAAGGGAUUCAAUGUCAUGCUCUCAUCUUGGCUCUGGGACUCCAAAAUGAUGUCUUCCUGGGCAAUUCAAUUAUUGUCAUGUAUGCAAGAGCUCGUUGGAUGGAUGAUGCCAGGAGGUCAUUCAAUUGUAUGAGCAUAAAAGAUUUGGUAUCAUGGAAUUCAUUGAUUGCCGGAUACAUCCAGGAUGAUGCAUUGGAAGCAGCAAAUGAAUUGUUUGAGGCAAUGCCUGAAAAGGAUAUUAUUUCGUGGACUUCAAUGGUAGUGGGAUUUUCCAAGAGAGGGUGGAUUUCUGAGUCUGUUCGUCUAUUUCAAGAGAUGCCUGAAAAAGAUGAAAUUGCUUGGACUGCUAUCAUCUCAGCAUUUGUGGCAAAUGGGAAACAUGAAAAUGCAAUACUAUGGUUCAAUUGCAUGGUUGAUGAAGGGUUUAGGCCCAGUGCUCAAGCAUUGAGCAGUGUGCUUAGUGCCUCAGCUAACCUUGUAAUUCUUGACGUGGGAAUGCACAUUCAUGCAUGCACAAUCAAAACAAAUCUAGAGUCAGACGUGGCUGUUCAAAGUUCCUUGGUCUCAAUGUAUGCAAAAUGUGGGAGUGUGACUGAUGCCUAUCACAUUUUCUUGUCAAUUGGUGAACCAAACCUAGUAACAGUAAAUGCCAUGGUGACAGCAUUUUCUCAACACGGUUUAGUUAAAGAGGCACUUGAAUUGUUAGAAGACAUGCAGAGAUAUGGCUGCAAACCUAAUCAUGUUACCUUCUUGGGGAUUCUUUCAGCUUGUGCUCAUGCAGGUUUGGUCGAUGAAGGUUACAAGCACUUCAAAUCCAUGACAACUUUAUAUUGUGUAGAACCAGGACUUGAUCAUUAUACUUGCAUGGUUGAUCUAUUAGGACGCUCAGGGUUACUCAGAGAAGCAGUUGACUUGAUCAACUCACUGCCUUUGUCUCCUCACUCUGCAAUUUGGGGAGCAUUGCUUAAUGCCAGUAGUAUUCACUCUCAUCUGGAAUUUGCAGAGCUAGCAGCCCAGCGACUUUUGGAAUUAGAACCAAACAAUUCAGCAGCUUAUUCAGUUCUGUCAAAUAUGUAUGGUUUGGCAGUGAACAAGAAGUCUGAAGAAAGAAUGAGGAUGACACAGAUGUCCAAUGGUGUGCGGAAGACUCCAGGAUAUAGCUGGGUUAUUUUUGACAAUGCUUUAAGACAGCUAAACAUGUAGCAAGUACCAGAUGCAAAUCAUACAUGAUUCACAAUUGUGAGAAUGUCUCAUCUUUUCUGUAGAAGGGCAUUUUUUCCCCCUUGAAAAAUGUCUUCGGUUUCCAAUUACCUUGAAUUACUCAGCAUUCUGGUAGGAAAUACUAGACACAAAGUGGCAAAUUUGUUAAGCUAAAGAAGAAUCAACUAGAGUCAUAUGAUUGGUAAAUUAUUAUCCUCGCCAGAUAUGGUGUUUAUAGGAAUUCCCAAAAAUCUGCAAGAUGAUAAACAGGAUUACUUCACUCUGAAUAUGUUUUACUUUAAAAUGUCAUUUGGGUGGACUGCCAGAAAUAAGUGAUGAUGCUCUAUCUUAUGUAUUGAUGCGGUGAAGGUGUUUCUCUCUUCCUUUGAUAUUGUGCUGUUGCCUGGUGUGAACUCUCUUCUGUUGAUAAUGCUGGAAUUGAGGUGUUUGGGCCUUCAACUCAACAAAUCUUGGAGGCAGACGUCUUCCCCCCCCCCUGGUUCGCCUAUAGGGUAAAUUCCGAAGUGCAAGCGGCUCCUCCCAUCGUUCCAGGUUUUUCAUCCCACUGGAGGAAAAUGCUCUACAAUGUGCCAUAGUUGGGAUUCAAACCAUUGGUGGUUGGGUAAACUGCUGAACCAUUCCGGGGUACCUCCACACCCCACAUUUAGUUAUAGGGGAAAAAGACUACCUUCAUUGACGAUCGCUGAUGAUAAACCUGACGGUUUUAUGUGGACAGGGAAGUCCUGAAAUGCAAGAUGUCUCCAAUUCUGAAGGAAAGCAACAAACCUGUCAAUGCACGUCAAAUUAAGGCCAUCCAAGUCAAGCACAGCAAGCAAACAUGUGAGUCAAGUUAUCGAAAGUUCAUAGAAAAUGGCUGGACUGCGAUAUGCUUCCUUCUUCGCUGGGGUGGCCGCGAACUCUCCACCACCGAAGGUUCCAUUCUCAGCAGUUGCACCAUGGCAACGUGUAAGUAGCGUUCGGAAGAGAUUGGCUCGUUCAACAACACUUGAUACCAUUGUUGAGGAAGAGAGUUUGGAUUUUAAAAAGAUCACCUCCCAGUUAGCUGCCGCAUCGACCCCAUCUACAUCAGGGGCCAAUGGCAAUGCGGCUACAUUGUUGCUUUUCUCUUCUCCUUUUAUGAUGUUGCUUGUAGUUUUAGCAUGGGUCUCAAGGAACUAAAUGUAAAUUGUGGUGUCCCUGCGGUGAGUGGUUUCAGAUGAACUCUAUGUUUUAGUUGCUUGGGUUAAGAAUAUUGAUGGCAUCCUAACUUAUAACAUUUGGCAAAUUAUAAAAAUCGCUUUGUCGUGAGUUUA